UAGCGACCAGGUUUCAGUUCGGUUUUUACUUUCAUUACGAUCGGUUUCAUACUAAUUGGCGAGUCAUUGUUCGUGUUCGAGACGCAAAAGUUCCUAAUUUGUGUUCUGCAGAAAAAAUGAGUAAUGGCGGUCGUUCAGAGCUCGCGGAUUCCGUCGAGCUGGAAUGGUGAAUUUGAGUGGUGAUGUUUUUUCCGUAACUUUCCUAAUAACCAAUAUGAAGCCGAAACUUCGUAAAUGGAAAAACUUUCCGUCGAAAUGUAGCUCGAGCAGCAGAAGUAACUAGUUCAUAUCAUUUUUUUUUCGGGGAUGCUCCGUUGUUACAAGGAUUAAUUACGCCUUCGACGUUGUACAAGCCGUGUCAGGUGACACGGAUUAGUGAAUUGACAACUCUCAGUGGAUAACCUAAAAGUGCACACGCAACGGUGCUGAUUCUGCAUUUGGUCUGGUCAUUGCAGGCAUCGGGAGAUCUUUGAGAUGUGGCAUGCUGGAUAGGUCAGAGCCAGUGAAUGAUUCGUGACCAAUAUCAUCAUGAGCGGACGGUGGAUCUUCGUUCUGAUUCCACUACUUAGUCAAAUACAGGGAAUACUUGGAGGAAAAACCUAUAUAAACAAUUACGCAAACUAUUCCGAUAUCGGGGAGCUUUCUACGAAGCACCCGGCUGUCAGUUUAUCGCUGACGGACAUACUCCCGUUGCACCAUAAAACCUACGACAAGAACCGUGCGCCAAAGUUGCUUGGUCAGCCCACGGUCGUCUACUUCCACGUGACGGUUCUCUCGAUAGAUUCAAUCAACGAAGAAUCGAUGACCUACGUAGCGGACAUAUUUUUGGCACAAAGCUGGCGCGAUCCCCGGCUGCGGCUACCGGAGAACAUGAGCGAGGAGUACCGCAUACUGGACGUCGACUGGCUGCACAGCAUCUGGCGGCCGGAUUGCUUCUUCAAGAAUGCCAAGAAGGUGACGUUUCACGAGAUGAGCAUACCGAAUCACUAUCUGUGGCUGUACCACGACAAAACGCUGCUCUACAUGUCCAAACUGACGCUGGUCCUGUCCUGUGCGAUGAAGUUCGAAUCGUACCCGCACGAUACCCAAAUCUGUUCGAUGAUGAUCGAAAGUUGUAAGUAUAGUGGUAGAAAAGACGCUAGAAUUUGGAAACGUUGUCGUUGGUUGCCAAUGUCGUGACUGAACUGGUAAGGAUGUGGAUGGAGGCAGAGUUGAAUUGAUUGCAACUAAUCGAUGUUAUUUGGAGUUUAUUUUUCAGCUUGAAGAUAGCAUUUUGGUGGUUACGAAGGGUGCUGUAGUCACGUCAAUAUUCUGUAUAAUCCAAACUUAACUUUUAUAGGCAUAUUUCUGAAAUACUAUUCUAGGAACAGAUGUUGACCGAUUGUGCCACUUCCAUGGAUUUCAUCAUCAUCAGCCACAGAUGAGUGUUUCUGUCUUCAACACUAUUUUAUAGAAAGAAGUGAUUUGAAUGACUUAGCAAUGUGUUGGUUAAUAAGUACAGAAGUUUUUUUGCGGAUAGACUGUAAAAUGCUGAUGCAGACCUUUUAUUUUACUUUCUUGAAGCCUUUGGAAUAAAUUUAUCUAGAAAUCAUCGGGUGAGGACUUUCACAAUGCAAGACAACAAAAUUGGCUUCC